CUCACACCGUUGGAGGCGACUUAACAAGCAGAGCUGCACAACUUUUGCGGGCCAUGUUUAAACUCGGAUUAUAGUCCGAAUACAUCUUUAAGAGGCAAAAAUUAUUCGGAUGAAUGUGGCUAUGGAGGUAGAGAAUCAAAACACGCUCACAUCCUGCCCUUCGUCGCUUAAUGACAGCAGCUCUUCAUCUUCAGAUGUCUUAAAUCAAGAGAACCCUCUGGAGAGCCUUACUCACCACCCUCCCAUUCCUGGCACCAUCAUUCCCAACCGGAUUUUCGUCGGGGGAAUCGACCACAGGGUCAACGAAGGCGACCUGCAUCAGAUCUUCUCGCAAUACGGUGCAGUGAAAGAUGUGAAGAUAAUAAUAGACCGCUCAGGAAUCUCAAAAAGAUAUGGGUUUGUUACAUUUGAAAACCAAGACGACGUAUUGGGAAUCCUCAGUAACGCGACUGAAAUCUGCUUUAAAGAGAAGAAGCUCUGCAUUGGCCAGGCCGUUAAAAAGAACCACUCUUCAGGAAAAGCUAAGAACGCCCGCAUGGCCAACCUUGACCCUCAGAUGUCCUGCGGGACGUUUUAUCUGACCACAUCCACGGGACAUCCAUACACCUACCAUAAGGGCGUGGCCUACUUUCACUGCCCCAGUAUGAACCCUUUGGCUCACCACUGGUCGCCUCACCCUCAGCUGAUGCUUCCUCAGUCCCAUCAGCCUGUUCACCCCCAGCAGCCACCUGUGUAUCCUCACUACCAGGACAUCGCAAACCAGUAUCAAUGGAACAUCGCUCAGGUGCCGACCCCUUUCAGUGCAGCGAUGUACUCACAGCAGCCAGAAUAUCCUUACCAGCCCCUGGAUGGAAGCUCCUACCUGCCUCCUGGGCCCGCCAUGGAAGGCAAUACCCCAGAGUUUUUAGAGUCGACUGCUCCACAUUUUUACUCAGGAAUGACGCCGAUUGCUCUGCAGCAUGACCCCAGAGAGAGUCAGCUGUUCCCCCGUCCGCGUGUCCAUCUGAAGCCGAGGCACCGCCGCUACACGCACCCCAAGGACUACUACCAUCUGCCCGAACCCACAGAGUUGCCGGACGCCGCCGCGUUUCCCUUCCACGCCCCUCGUGUAGGCUAACCAGGCGACGUCUUCCCAAGCAGAACGUGCCACACUCUCCGCCGACAGUUCCUACUACUUCUCCACGAAUUAGCACACGCUCAUAUCUGCUCCACAGCAACACAGUGAAACUCUGCAAUGCUUGCUUUUAAUUUACACUUUAGGGUUACAGUUUUAACAUCUUUGCACUGAAGGACAUUGUUCACAACAAGGCUUUGAGAACCGGCAGGGGUUUCAAAAUAGGUUCUCUACUGAUUUUUGCGAACAGCGCAGCUAUCUUCAAUGUCACAUUUACACAAUUCAUGUUACUGGAGGACAGAUCUAAUGAUCUUUUACGUGAAAAAAAGCUGCUGCGGCAGUAUGUCAUCAUGGUGCCUUUCUGUUUCGCGUCAGUGCGGAAACAUCUACGUUAAA